UAGAUUAGGGUUCUCAAGGGAGAACCCACACAGAUUUAGAAAGGGCAGAAGGAGGAAGAAGAAGGGAGGAGAGAGAAAGAAGAAGAAAGAGGUAGAAUGAGGAGGGGAAACAAGCAAGAAGGUUGGGAAAGAAGAAGAGGCACAGUUACAUAUAUUUUCAACCUUCCCCUGUCUCCGUUUCGUUUCGUCAUUCACACUCUGCUCUGAUCUGUUCACCCUCUCCGCAAGCCCGUUUCUCCGCCGUAGCUGAGACAGCCAUCUCUCCCCUCCCAGAAUCAUGUUGUUCUUUUCGUACUUCAAGGACUUGGUUGGCAGAGAAGUGACAGUGGAGCUGAAGAAUGAUUUGGCUAUCAGAGGAACCCUUCACUCCGUCGAUCAGUACCUCAAUAUCAAGCUCGAGAAUACUAGGGUUGUCGAUCAAGACAAGUAUCCUCACAUGCUUUCGGUGAGGAACUGUUUCAUUAGAGGAUCAGUUGUGAGAUAUGUUCAACUACCACCUGAUGGAGUGGAUGUUGAAUUGCUUCAUGAUGCAACAAGGAGAGAAGCCCGUGGUGGCUGAAAUUCACUGGCCUUUUAUGUAUAUUGUAAUGAACAUCAAAACAUCUGCAUUUGAUACUUUUGCUUGUUACAGUCUUUGGUUCAUGUCAGCCUUCUUAACAUUUCACUGGGCAUAGGGCUGUAUCAUGCCUCUAUCCUGUAUGGUUGUCCCCCUUGCAAGAUAAUCAAAGGAACCUGCUUGGUGUUAACCAGUUGAACUUUCUAAAAAUAUUUGUUGCUAGAGACAUACAGGCAGAGUCAGUAGCCAA